AUGCUUGGAGAACACGGUUCAGUGUUUGUUUCCCCUCACUUCCAUUCCCCCUCACUCUCUCACCCCUCACUACAUUUCCCCUCACUUCCAUUCCCUCUCACUCCAUUCCCCCUCACUUCAUUGCACCUCACUUCCAUCCCCCCUCACUCUCUUCCCCCUCACUUCAUUUCCCCUCAUUUUUAUUCCCCCUCACUCAAUUUCCCCUCACUUCCUUUCUCCCUUACUCUCUUCCCCCUCACAAAAUUUCCCCUCACUUAUUUUUCCUCUCUCUUUUUCCCCUCGCUUCUGUUCCCCCUCACUCUAUUCCCCCUCACUUUAUUUCCCCUCACUAAUAUUGCCCUUCACUCUGUUUCCCCUCACUUCCAUUCCCCCUCACUUAUUUUCCCUUCACUUGCAUUCCAUCUCACUUCAUUCCCAAUCACUUCAUUUCCCCUCACUUGUAUUCCACCUCACUCAAUUUCCCCUCACUUCCAUUCCCCCUCAUCCCUGUCCCCCUCACUUUAUUUCCCCUCACUUCCAUUCCCCCUCACUCUCUUCCCCCUCACUACAUUUCCCCUCAAUUUUAUUUUCCCUCACUUUUGUUCCCCCUCAUUUUAUUCUUCCUCGCAAAUACGGGCCCUUCACUCUAUUUCCCCUCACUUCUAUUCCCCUUCAAAUAUAUUUCCCCUCACUCAUUUUCCCCUCAUUUUCCUUCCCUCUCACUCUAUUCCCUCUCACUUCAAUUCCCCUCACUUCCAUCCCCCCUCACUCUCUUCCCCCUCACUUCAAUUCCCUAACUUGUAUUCCCCCUCACUCAAUUUCCCCUCACUUCCAUUCCCCCUCAUCCCUGUCCCCCUCACUUUUUUUCCCCUCAUUUCCAUUCCCUCUCACUCCAUUCCCCCUCACUUCAUUGCUCCUCACUUCCAUCCCCCCUCACUCUCUUCCCCCUCACUUCAUUUCCCCUCAUUUGUAUUCCCCCUCACUCAAUUUCCCCUCACUUCCAUUCCCCCUUACUCUCUUCCCCCUCACUACAUUUCCCCUCACUUAUCUUUCCCCUCGCAUCUGUUCCCCCUCACUCUAUUCCCCCUCACUUUAUUUCCCCUCACUAAUAUUGCCCUUCACUCUAUUUCCCCUCACUUCCAUUCCACCUCACUUAUAUUUCCCCUCACUCGUUUUCCCUUCACUUUCAUUCCCUCUCACUUCAUCCCCCCUCACUUCAUUUCCCCUCACUUCAUUUCCCCUCACUUGUAUUCCACCUCACUCAAUUUCCCCUCACUUCCAUUCCCCCUCAUCCCUGUCCCCCUCACUUUGCUUCCCUCACUUCCAUUCCCCCUCACUCUCUUCCUCCUCACUACAUUUCCCCUCAAUUGUAUUUCCCCUCAGUCUUUUUCCCCUCACUUUUGUUCCCCCUCACUCUAUUCCCCCUCACUUUAUUUCCCCUUGCUAAUAUUGCCCUUCACUCUAUUUCCCUUCACUUCGAUUCCCCCUCAAUUAUAUUUCCCCUCACUCAUUUUCCCUUCAAUUUCAUUCCCUCUCACUCCAUUCUCACUCACUUCAUUUCCCCUCACUUCCAUCCCCCCUCACUCUCUUCCCCCUCACUUCAUUUCCCCUUACUUGUAUUCACCCUUACUCAAUUUCCCUUCACUUCCAUUCCCCCUCAUCCCUGUCCCCCUCAAUUUGUUUCCCCUCACUUUCAUUCCCACUCAUUCUCUUCCCCCUCACUACAUUUCCCCUCAAUUGUAUUUCCCCUCACUUUUGUUCCCCCUCAUUCUAUUCCCCCUCAAUUUAUUUCCCCUUGCUAAUAUUGCCCUUCACUCUAUUUUCCCUCACUUCCAUUCCCCUUCAAAUAUAUUUACCCUCACUCAUUUUCCCCUCACUUUCAUUCCGUCUCACUCAUUUCCCCUCACUUCAUUUCCCCUCACUUCCAUCCCCCCUCACUCUCUUCCCCCUCACUUCAUUUCCCCUCACUCGUAUUCCCCCUCACUCAAUUUCCCCUCACUUCCAUUGCCCAUCAUCCCUGUCCCCCUCACUUUGUUUCCCCUCACUUCCAUUCCCCCUCACUCUCUCCCCCCUCACUACAUUUCCCCUCAAUUGUAUUUCCCCUCACUCUUUUUCCCCUCACUUUUGUUCCCCCUCACUCUAUUCCCCCUCGCUUUAUUUCCCCUUGCUAAUAUUGCCCUUCACUCUAUUUCCCUUCACUUCGAUUCCCCCUCAAUUAUAUUUCCCCUCACUCAUUUUCCCUUCAAUUUCAUUCCCUCUCACUCCAUUCUCACUCACUUCAUUUCCCCUCACUUCCAUCCCCCCUCACUCUCUUCCCCCUCACUUCAUUUCCCCUUACUUGUAUUCACCCUCACUCAAUUUCCCUUCACUUCCAUUCCCCCUCAUCCCUGUCCCCCUCAAUUUGUUUCCCCUCACUUUCAUUCCCACUCACUCUCUUCCCCCUCACUACAUUUCCCCUCAAUUGUAUUUCCCCUCACUUUUGUUCCCCCUCAUUCUAUUCCCCCUCAAUUUAUUUCCCCUUGCUAA